AUGGCGUUCAACGAUGGAGCCUACAUCACACCGGAGGAAGAACGUCAAUGGAUCGAAACCUGCACCGGUGAGAUGGUCGACCACGCGAAACUUUAUGCGAUUGAGCUUCCAUGGUCAAAUCCCUUUUCGGGCGCCAGGUCCCAUUCUUCGUCGCCGGAACUUCCUUCCCGGCCUAUCGUUAAAAAGUAUGUUGGAGUAUACUGCUCAUCCUACCAGAGUCGCGUCUUUCCGGUGAUCAGCAAGGCUCUCUUCACGGAGACCCUGGAUCUCGCCUACGGACCAACCGAUGCUUCUGGCUCCGACAGUGCCAAAUCAUGCGUGUAUGCGUUUCUCUCGGUGAUUUACCUCUUCGGGCUCAAUGGCAAUCUGGUGGAAGCCCAUGAUUGCGAGACUUAUGCCCGGGCUGCGCAGGGAUUUAUGGCUCGUGUUGUUCGAGAGAUGACUCUCAGCGGUCUGCAGUCCGUUAUCAUGCUUAUCCAGCAUCAGUACUUCCUGGGUGAUUUGCAGGCUGCUGCGCUGUCCGUGUCAAUAGCCAGUCGUCUUCUAUUCAGCCUCCGUGCUCACACACAGUCCUCGCCAGACAGCGCUUACCAUAAAAGUGUAGCUGAGCACCAUCUGCGCGAUCUUUUCUGGCUAUGCUUCUCAUUUGACAAAGACAUUUGCUUGAGAAUCGGGCAGCCUCCAUGUAUCAAUGACACUCACUGUGACCUCACUCUCCCUGCGAACUACGCGCAGCUGCAAGAGUCCAACAUGCAACGAGAGACAAGGUCGAGUACCGAUGACACCAUCCCCCUCUUCCCUUUCGACCUUCGACUUUCGAUGAUCAAGUCGAACGUCUACCAGGCUCUCUAUUCCGCAAAUGCUGCGAAGAAAUCGGCUUCUGAGAUACUAUCCAGCAUCCGGAGUCUGGACCAAGAGCUGGAACAAUGGAGGCAGAGCUUACAUCCGGAUAUCCGGCCCACAAUGACCUUCCACGACGAAACGCCGGUCAGUCGCGGCCUGAACACACAGGCAAUCAUGUUGCGGCUUACAUACUAUCACUGCGUCGCACUCAUUCAUCAAGCCAUUGAUAGGUGCCGUGGCUGGCCCGCAAGGGAUAGAGUCUCUAGUGCCAUGCUGGUCACGAACGCCAAUCAGUCGACACUUUCGUUCCUCGAGGUCGCAUUGCCUGUCCUGGCGGGAGAAUGUUUCUGGGUGGUUAUAUUCUACGCAGUCACUGCAGUCCUCGCGCUGUUUCGCGCUGUCCUCAAGGACCCCCUAGGAUCCGGCCUCAUGAAAACCCUACGGGGCGUUCCCAAACUGAUGAAGAAAGUCCCAAUUCGAACACCCACCCUCGGCGUAAUCUUUCACGCGCACUUUUUGGGUAAUUUUACCACCGAGCUUGUCCGACUGGCCGAGUGUGCAUUUGCCAAGGCAGAUAAGGAUGCAUGUGGUCCGCCUUAG